AUGGCAUCCAGAGACAAAUUCAAGAAGAGGGAGUACCCAGCUCCGGACAUGGCCUCUAUCUUGAAGGCCACUUCUACUGCGAAGGCGAGGCCCCUGAAGCCUGGGUCCAGUGGGGCAAAGGAAGUUCGAAGCAGGGUUGAGCACCUGUCCAAGGACUGCACUCCCAGGGCCUCGGAGGAGGCAACUACUCAGAGGCCAGAGAAGCCUGAGGAGCCUCGGGGCAAGGAGAAAGUCUCUGAGGAGACUAAGAAGAGGAAGCUGGUGCACAUUUCCAGCUCAGCUGGCAAGUUUGGGACCUCAGUGUCCCAUAGGGCUGAACAGACUGGAGAGCCGAAACUUCUUGCUGCAGCCUCUAAAGCCAUCAAAAUGGAGAUGGUAAGAGAGGUAGAGGCUGAAGAGGCCAGAGAAGAGGCUGCAAGGCGAGCUGCAGAAGCCGCCGAAGAGGAGGCGGCAAAGGAGAAGCCGGUUCGGGAGAAGGGGAAGGCACUGGUGAGCCAAAGCGCCCGGACCUUUGGCCUCGCGCUCGAAUGCAGGGAGGCCUUAAGCGAAUUCCAGACAAGGACCCAUGCCUCGGAGGGGAAAGCUGCCUCCUUUGCAGAGGAGGUUAAAGCUACUAAGGCCGAGGCCGAAGAAGCCAAAUCCCAGAAAGUUGAAGAGGCGAUGAAGCUGGAGUCUGCUUUGGCCCAAAUCGAGGCCCUGAAGAAGGAUGUGCGAACCUCUCCUUGGCCGGUGCUCGAGAUGCUUAUCAGUUUCUUGAAGGCCAGGCGAGUGAGCCAAAGCGCCCGGACCUUUGGCCUCGCGCUCGAAUGCAGGGAGGCCUUAAGCGAAUUCCAGACAAGGACCCAUGCCUCGGAGGGGAAAGCUGCCUCCCUUGCAGAGGAGGUUAAAGCUACUAAGGCCGAGGCCGAAGAAGCCAAAUCCCAGAAAGUUGAAGAGGCGAUGAAGCUGGAGUCUGCUUUGGCCCAAAUCGAGGCCCUGAAGAAGGAUGUGUAUGAGUCACAGUGCGAGGUGACUGCUGAGGCCCUUGAGAAGGCGAAUCUCUCCUUGGCCGGUGCUCGAGAUGCUUAUCAGUUUCUUGAAGGCCAGGCGAAGUGGUACAUGAACGACGCCUCUGUUGCCAGAGAAGAGGCCCGAACUGCAGGGGAAGAGGCGGUGAAGGAAUACAUCGCCAAUUUCCACACUACAGAGGAGUAUAAAAGCUUCAGCGCGUACUGGAGGAACUUCGCCUAUGCCGAAGUACUGGAGAGGGCAGAGGAGCUCUAUCCUAACUUGGACCUGGCUCAACUUAGGUCCGAAUUUGUGGAUGAGGUACCUCAGACCCCAGCUGAGGAGGUCCAGGGUGAUGAAGAAGUUGAUGCCGAGACCCCUAGUGCUGAGGCAGAAAAAACAACUACUGAUGCCCAAGUUGCUGAAGGCCCCAGUGCCGAGGCUCCUCCGUCAUCUAGCCAGGCAUAG